AUGAAUUCCUCAGCCGCAUCACCUACUACGGCGAACCCCACGCCGACAACAUCUGCUAACUGCAACUUGCGUCUUUGCUUCCAUCUACGUGCCAGCGGAGAAGAGGUUCUCAUGUAUGCAUCAGCAGCUCCGCUGUUCCCCUGCACUCUAUCGCCUGUUGCCUCUGGCUUCCAUUUGCUCUCCUGUCAGCGAAAGGAAAAAGGGAGAUGGAUGGUGAUACGAUCGUGA